AUGUCAUCUGGAAAUCGAACACCCGAUCCACUUGUCUUUUCAACUCCAAUCAUAAAAACACCAAUCAGUGACAAAAUCAGUCUCCCAAUGUCACAGCAAGGUCGACCGUGUGGUUUCUUUGAAGAAUUGUUCUUUCGCUGUAUGGAAGCGUAUGGUGCAAGAUUAGGUCGUAUAUAUUGCGAUUUGGAAAAUCGCGAUUUCAGAGAAUGUUUGACUUCUGACAAACAAAGAAAACGUAUUAAUGCAAUCCGCAACGAAAGAAGACGUAAAUAUAGGAAUGGUGAAAUAGCGGAAGCGUUUGAAAAAAAUUUUCCUGAAUUUGGGCAAUAUAAACCGGAUUAUUUUUCGCAUAAUCGUGUUCAAUAA